ACAAACGGUAUCGGGGGCCCAAAUCGGCUGCGCAGCUGGGGGCCGAACUGUCACGGCUGGAAGCUCAGCUCACGCUGGGCCAGAUCAUGUGCUACCGCACUUUCGUGGCCCUUUGGCACUCGGAGUACCUAGCGCGGACACCUGGCGUCAAGGAGCGUUGGGAGGCAGCCCUCAGCGUCAUCACCAACUUUGUGGACGCGCUUCCCACGACGGAGGAGGUCGAUGAGGACGAGGGCUUGGAUGCAACCAAUGCCGACAGCCGCCCAGCAGGCGAUGGUAACAGUUACACAGCCUCACGGAGUUCGCCAUCGGCAUUCAACCUACGCAUCGUAUGCCCGCGCUUGGGUCUUAAGCUCGUGAACAAGCAUGAGGUGGUCCCUGCUGCAUCCGUGAAGCCAGGCGCUGGGCCGUCCGCCACCGGCGAGCAGUUGACGCCGCAGGAUGCCAAGCGCUCUGUGGACGUCUUGCUGGUGGUUCUGGAGGGAAUCCGGUUCUCGAUGCCCUCCGUGCACCAUAUGGCCCUAGAGGCCGCCACCGUUCGGGCUUCCCUCCUGGGCAGCUCCUUCACAACACCCAAGCACGUCCUUGUUGUGCCGGCGUCGCGUGAGAGCAUGGAGCUGCAUGGAACGAAGCUGGACUUCUCAGGCUCCGCAGCGCCCCGUGGUCUCGCAAACAGUCAAAGCGUGAGCAUGACGAAGCCAAUGGCGUCAACGGGCUCCGUCUACUCGGACGCCCCCAUCUCUGCAUACCUCUCUCGGUUCAAAGUGAACCUGGCGCCAGUCGAAGUGGCCUUGACGCAUCCGGCUUGCAUCGUAGCCUCUGCGGAGUUCCUGGCCAGCAUGGUUCGGUUGCGGGCGGCGACGGCGAACACGCAUGCGCGUCGGUCUUCGAUGUCCUUGCACUCUCUAGUCAUGGACAGCUAUACACGCAACCGCGUGCCGCUGCCGUCAUCUAUGGCGGCUUUCAUGCCCAAGCUCCAGAUCUGUUGCCCCAUGGUCACAGCCCGCGGGCUGCUGCUCCCAGACUUCACCCCC